AUGCCAGUUCCGAUCAUGCGAAGAACCGCUACCCGGGUGAUUCGGCCCUUCAGGUCUUCAUUGUUCUCGCGAGGCUAUUCUGAUCAAACCAAGCCCGACACCACCAAAGCCGGUGCCUCUGCCCAUACGAACUUCUACAAGACCUUUACUCGCCCGUUCGCCAAAGUAUUCCUCGGCGCGCUCUUCACUUACCAGGUGCUCCACUGGUCCUGGUUGAAGCUUGAGAGUUUAGAGACGAAGCAUCAAACUGCUGCAGAACUCGAACGGCUCGAAGGUCAGAUCCAAAGCUUGUCGUCGCGUCCUGCACGGUAA